AAAUUAAAUACAAAUUGUGUGUCCCACAAUUAGGGUAAAUCGAGGUUAUAUGGCCAUAGAGGAGAGAUGGCCCAACUCGAUAUUUUCCUAAAUAGUUAUUAGAGGGCGUUUUUUUCAAUAAGGCGUAAUGUACUGUUGUGUGAUCGUGCUAUACUAGAAACUCUGAGUCAAUUAACUAAGUUUAAAGAUGCCAAAUAUUUAUAAAAGAAAAUCAUUGGAGAGGGCCAAAUGGACCGAGGAGCAACUGAAAUCUGCAAUGAGUACUGUUAAAGAUGAGGGAUUAUCUGUACAUCAGGCUGGAAAAACUUACGGUAUUCCAAGAAAGACAUUGGAAAGAAAGCUGGUUAAGUUUGGCUGCAUUCAUUUCUCACCAGAGAUCCACAAAUAUCAGUUAGAAAAGCAGAAAGUUUGUUGUUGGCGAGGUGCACAGCAAUGUCUAGAAAGGUAG